AACUCUUAGGGGGUUUAAUCAGCACAAGUUAAAUCACGCCAUUUAUCACGCUUCUCUCCCUUUAUAAUCCUACUUACCAUAACCUUAACUCCCUACAUCUAACCAAUCCACAUCCUUACCAGAUCAUUAGCUAGUAAAAAUGAUCUCUUCGCCCUUUCUACUCGUGCUAUUACUAUUCUUGCUCAAUCUUGGAACUCCAAUCCUCGCCUCAUCCUCCUCCCUUCAAGACCCAGACAUCGUGGUCCAAGAUGUACAUAAGAGCAUCAAUGCAUCGCGAAGAAACUUAGGUUACCUCUCCUGCGCAACCGGCAACCCUAUCGACGAUUGCUGGCGGUGCGACCCCAACUGGGAGCAGAACCGUCAGCGCUUGGCGGACUGCGCCAUCGGUUUCGGCAAAAAUGCCAUGGGCGGGAAAGGCGGUCGCAUCUACGUCGUCACCGACUCCGGCGAUGACGACCCAGUCAACCCACGGCCCGGCACCCUCCGCCACGCCGUGAUUCAAGACGGGCCACUGUGGAUAAUCUUCAGGAGAGACAUGGUCAUUCGGCUCAACCAAGAGCUCGUCAUGAACUCACACAAGACCAUCGACGGCCGCGGAGCCAGCGUCCACAUCGCCGGCGGAGCGUGCAUCACCAUCCACCACGUGACUAAUGUAAUUAUCCAUGGCAUUCACAUACACGACUGCGUGAAAGCGGGGAACGGGAUCAUCAGGGACUCGCCGGAGCACAAAGGGUGGUGGGAGGUGUCGGACGGCGACGGCAUUUCGAUCUUCGGCGGUAGGGAUAUCUGGGUGGAUCAUUGUUCUCUGUCGAAUUGCAAUGAUGGGUUGAUAGAUGCGAUUCAUGGGUCUACUGCAAUUACAAUUUCGAACAAUUAUUUCACUCAUCAUGAUAAGGUGAUGCUGUUAGGGCACAGUGAUGAGUAUACGCAGGACAAGAACAUGCAGGUCACUAUUGCUUUUAAUCAUUUUGGAGAAGGCUUAGUUCAAAGGAUGCCUAGGUGCAGGCAUGGGUAUUUUCAUGUGGUGAACAACGAUUAUACUCACUGGGAAAUGUAUGCAAUUGGUGGGAGUGCUUCUCCAACUAUCUACAGCCAAGGGAAUAGGUUUCUUGCACCCAAUGACAGAGACAGGAAACAAGUGACGAAGCACGAGGACGCACCGGAAAGUGAGUGGAGGCACUGGAACUGGAGGUCGGAGGGGGACCUGAUGUUGAACGGCGCAUAUUUCCUGCAGUCGGGGACUGGGGCGGGGGCUACAUACGCAAGGGCAUCAAGUCUAAGCGCCCGCCCCUCUUCUCUGGUGGCCUCCAUCACCACCGCUGCUGGUGCACUUAAUUGCAAGAGGGGAGCCCGUUGCUAGCUUCACUUCCUACCUCCACUUAAUCAACUACUUAAUGCAAAAUACAAUGAUUUACCAAACCAUUUUUCCCUCAGAAUUUUGGCAUUAGCUAAAUCCGCCGGUUUGCUGAAAUAUAUAGUAUAUUAAGCCUUGUGUACUUGACUUAUCAAAAUCUAAAUUUGGAUCUUUUGUUGCCAAAUAAUAUUGUUCUGAAUAUGAAUUAUUUUUUCGAAAAAAUAAAAAACCGAGAUGCAAUACUA